AUGGCCCUCUCCCCCCGGGGGACCCUGAACCUGGAGACCCUGGAUGGCUCGGACCCUGACUCAGCCUUGCUGCUGGAUGGGGAGCAAUGGCCCCCGCCCUGUGAAAUCCUCCUAGACCCAGAGGCGGAGCACAGUCCGGACAUCAUUCUAGUGGGUUCCAGCGAACUGUCAUCCCCACCAUCACCCGGGCCCCGCAGAGAUGUGUGUAUCUGCUGUGGAAGUCUCCAGGUGCACACACAGCACCCUCUGUUUGAAGGGGGGAUGUGUGCUCCCUGCAAGGACAAGUUCCUGGAGUGCCUCUUCCUGUAUGAUGAUGACGGGUACCAGUCCUACUGCUCCAUCUGCUGCGCUGGGGAGACGCUACUCAUCUGCGAGAAUCCCGACUGCACCCGAUGCUACUGUUUCGAGUGCGUUGACACCCUGGUUGGCCCCGGGACCUCGGAGAAGGUUCACGCCAUGAGCAACUGGGUCUGCUUCCUUUGCUUGCCCUUCCCCCGGAGCGGGCUGCUGCAGAGGAGGAGGAAGUGGCGGUCGGGGCUGAAGGCCUUCUAUGACCGGGAGGCGGAGAGUCCCCUUGAGAUGUACAAAACUGUGCCUGUGUGGAAGAGAGAGCCCAUCCGGGUGCUGUCCCUUUUUGGGAACAUCAAGAAAGAGCUGACGAGUCUGGGCUUUUUGGAAGAUGGUUCUAAGCGGGGAAGAUUGAAACAUUUGGAUGACGUCACCAACGUAGUGAGGAGGGAUGUAGACGAGUGGGGCCCCUUCGACCUCACCUAUGGUUCCACGCCUGCCCUGGGCCACACCUGCGACCAUCCCCCCGGGUGGUACGUGUACCAGUUCCACCGCAUCCUGCAGUACGCGAGGCCCCCGCCUGGCAGCCCCCAGCCCUUCUUCUGGAUGUUCGUGGACAACCUGGUGCUGACGGAGGAGGACCUGGAUGUGGCCACUCGCUUCCUGGAGACUGACCCGGUGACCAUCCAGGAUGUCCAUGGCAGGACUGUCCAGAACGCCGUGCACGUGUGGAGCAACAUCCCUGCUGUGAAGAGCAGGCACUCGGCUCUGGUGUCCCAAGAGGAACUCUUCCUACUGGCUCAGGACAGGCAGCGAAUGAAGCCCCCUGCCCAGAGCCCAGCCACCCUGGUGAAGAAUUGCUUUCUCCCCCUGAGAGAGUAUUUCAAAUAUUUUUCAACAGGACUCACUUCCUCUUUAUAAAUGAGUCAUUAUACCGUGAAAAAAAAAAAAAAAGACUUUUCCUAGAACAAAGGCAACUUUCCUUACGUUGUCUCUAUUUUCCUUUUCAAAUUAUUAUUUUAUUUGCUUAACUUUGGGUUUCCCAUGGUUGCUAAAGACCGACCAUCACCCUUUGGAUCUGGUGGUCCUGCCCACACUGUGACCUUUGGUGGGAGGAGGUGAAGCCCAGGGCCUCACGGUGGACAAGACCCAGGCGUUGUCAUGCACCAUGUGCUGCUGGAAGCAUUUCUGUU